AGGGGCGAGUUGACCUGACACCGUGCAAAAUGGCCGCGCCCACGAUCCGCACGUUUCCCCCCUUCGACUUUAUCCGUUGUUAGUGAACACUUUUCCUUCUGAAUUCCUGUCGUUGCUCUUUUGGGUUUCGUCCGUUUGAAGCAAGAGAUAUGAAGCACAGGAUAUGUGUAGCUGGUAUUCUGUCAGUAAUUUCAACACCACUGCAUCUGUGUUCUUCGUUGUAGCAUGGUGUCCGAUUUCUUCUUCCCCAACACGGGAGGAGUGGAGAAUCACAUCUUCCAACUUUCGCAGUGCCUUCUCCAGAGAGGCCACAAAGUUAUUGUGGUCACCCAUUCCUACGGCGACCGUGUUGGGGUACACUACAUGGCCAACAACCUAAAGGUAUACUAUCUACCCUUUGUGGUGUUCUACAAUGAGUGUGUGUUUCCAACGGUGUUUGGAACCAUGGCAUUAAUGCGUUACAUCUUCAUCAGGGAACAGAUCACCAUCAUCCAUGGCCAUUCGGCCUUUUCCACCAUGGCCCACGAAGCCUUAAUCCACGGCCGUGCCAUGAAUUUAAAGACAGUCUUCACUGAUCACUCCCUCUUCGGUUUUGCCGACAUCAGCUCCAUCCUCACUAACAAACUCUUGAGCUUCACACUCGCCGAUAUCAACCACGUUGUAUGCGUCUCCCACACAAGCAAGGAGAACACUGUUCUGAGGGCCUGUCUACCACCGGACAUCGUGUCCGUCAUACCAAAUGCAGUCGACUCCAGUGUCUUCAUGCCCGACCUCUCUCGAAGGAACCCGGACAGAAUAACCAUCGUGGUCGUCAGUCGCCUUGUGUACAGGAAAGGCAUGGACCUUCUUGCCGGUGUCAUCCCCGUAAUCUGCCAGCGACACGACGAUGUUGACUUCCUGAUAGGAGGGGACGGACCCAAGAGGAUAGAUAUCGAGGAAGUGAGAGAGAACUAUCAGCUGCAAGAUCGAGUCAGGAUGCUAGGCUCUUUACCACAUGGCAAUGUUAAAGAUGUCCUAAAUGAAGGAGAUAUAUUCCUGAAUACGUCACUGACCGAAGCCUUCUGCAUGGCCAUUGUUGAGGCUGCAUACUGUGGUUUGCAGGUCGUCAGUACCAAAGUAGGCGGAGUCCCAGAAGUGCUGCCGGAGGAGUUUAUCAUUCUUGCCGAGCCAAGUGUCAAAUCUUUAGUAGAAGCUUUGGAAGUUGCCGUUGCCAGACAGAGGGAGGGAAGCCACGUACCAGCACAGCAGGUCUAUGAGACAAUGAAAGGCGUCUACACCUGGCAGAACGUGGCCAAGAGAACGGAAAAAAUCUACAGCAGCAUCAUGGAGAUGCCUGUGUUGUCCCUAGCUGAGCGGCUGGAGAGAUACAACAAGCUGGGCCCCAUUGCGGGCAAAUUCUUCAUCAUUGUAGCUGUGGUAGAUCUUCUGUUGUACUGGUUCUUUGAGUGGUGGCAACCUAGAAGGAACAUCGCUAUUGUACCGGAUACCAACCAACCAGCUUACACAGAUGCAGAUAUGUACAAUAUUCAUGCACCUACAGGUCCCAAAGACCCAGCUGAACUUUGUCAGUCCGAAUCAACAGAGGGCAGCCUUUAUGUACAGAAACUGAGACCCCCAGUUAGCCGAAAGGGAGACAGGUAGUCCGCAGGGUUGGCCGUUUGGGUCAGCUUUGUCUCAGGCUGUUCAACGCUGUGCAAUAAUCGCCCUGAUGUUAACCAUGGCUUCCGAGUUUAACAUUGGCCUAAUUUAUCCUUUUCAAAGUUAUUUGAAAAACUAACAAAUGAAGCUUUAGCCGUUAUUGGUUCCAAACAAUUGUAAUCUUGGAAAGGGAAGUGUGUCCAAAUACAGAGCGGAAGACAAUGUGAGAAGGUUGUACCACUGUGUGUGAUUAUGCUGCAGCCAUAUUGGUCUGGUAUUUAAGUUCUGCAAUACCAAAGUACCGUUAUUUUAGUCAAUCAGUGUCACGAGACUUUUGACUUUUAGUGGCUAGAUCUUUAUUUUGCUAAUAAGUAAUUUUUUUUUUACUUUUUAGUAGAGUUGUAAACAUUUUGGUAAAAAAAUUUUGGAUACAACUGAAGCACUUUCAACGUCUGUCAACAGGAAAUACUUUUUUUGCAAAAUUAUCUGCGAUACUCUUUGCAUAAAAUGAUAACUAAGAUAUAAUGGUGCACUGACCUUUUAGAAAAAUUUCACAUCAGUUAUGGUUGUUGCCAUCACCCAACAGAGCUGGAAAUGGAGCAAAAGUACUUAAUUGUCCCUUAACAUUUGUUUAAGUCAUAAAUUCAUCCCUGGUUGCGUAAUUGUUUUUAGAUAAAGUUAAAACACUCCACAACUGCAUAAGCUCAUGCAUAUGUUUGUGUUCCAAACAGAACAUGUACUCAAUCAAUAAGUCAAUUCGAGCUUGUGCCAUUUUAGUCUUGCAUGCAGUUUACACAUGUCAUCAGGUGGCGCCAUCUGGGACAGGCUUGAGUUACGUGCUUGAGACCAAGCAUCUCUGAUGCCCAGUGAAGUAAGGCUGGAGAUCUUAAGUCAGACCAGCUACGAUGAGGCCUUCCUUGUGGGCGUUUCCCCCCGAUAGCUGAUGGUUCAAAGUGUAGAAGCGUAGCUGGUAUGGAAGAGGGCGAAAGCCAUUAGACCUGGCUGAAGUAACAAAGCCGACGCUGUCUGGCAAGAGACGAUGCUGGUGGUUGGUUGGUACAUAAGCAGAUGGGAUCGUGAUGAAUAAAAUCCGACCAUCGGAUAAUGCUCCAGGCGCUUCAGGGCAUUCGUAUCAAAUAUGCCCAGGCGUUUGGCUGCUGCAGAUGUUUAAUUGAGAGUGGACAUAAGGUCCUACUCAGCCUAAGACAUAUCUCGCGAUAUGUCAAACGUUGCAAGCUAUUGGUGCGGAAUGGAGGAGAUUUAUACCGUCUGUAGUAGUGUGCCAUUAUGAGAAAGACGACUGUAUAUGGAUAAGACCAUUCAGUCUUUGUCGAUCUCGGCAAGAAAUGAGACAAGAUGUUAUUAGGCAAGAGAGAACCUGAAUAAGCCCAUUCAGACGGACUGAAGUUUCUACGAAACAACUCAUCGCGGCUAGGAGGAUAUUUUUAGAAGGAAAAUGGAGGAGCUUAGGAGUUGUUUUGUUUGUUUGGUCGUUUUUGGUUUUUUCGAGAAGGAAAAUAACGGGACUAACUAUUAAGCCUAUGAGAAUACUUUCAGAAAGAAAAUUAAAUCAGAAUAAUAAACGUUGCAGCUAGGAUGAUUUUAGUAGAACGAAAACAAAUUGGUAGACUAUCAUCAAGGUUGGAGGAUAUUUUUUAGAAGAAAAAAUGGGAGACUGAUCAUCAAGGUUAGGGGGAUAUUUUUGAGAGGGAAUAGCAUAGACUAAACAUCAAGGUUGGGGGAUGUUUUACAGAAAAAAAAGGGAGAUUGAUCAACAAGGUUAGGGGGAUAUUUUCCAGAGGGAUAUUUUUUAGAAGGCAAAAAUUGGGAGAGUGAUCAUCAAGAUCAGGAGAAUAUUUUUAGAAGUAAAAAAGGAAAAAUUUGUAAUCGUGAGAUAUGUCCUAGGCUGAGUAGGACCUUAUGUCCACUCUCAAAUAAACAAGACGCCAUGUCUCGGCUCCGUGUAAAGAGUAUGAAGACCAUUACACAUCUUCAUUUUGGUCUGCCUAGAGAUGCUGUCAGGUUAUUCAUGGCAACAGCUGCCUUCACAAUCUGCGUGGAGGUGUCUGCCACUAGGUCUUCAUGAACAGUGGCGUUGCUAGGACUUUACCUGGGGGGGGUUACAAGGGGGCACCAGCAUCUUUAGGGGAGCACCAGCUUUCAGUGGUGUGGUUUUUUGGUGCAAGUUUUCGUUGGCCUUGUUCAAUUUUCAUUCAUCCGUUUUUUUUAGUGGGGGGGGGGGUUCCCGGGAGCCAUGUUCCCACUAUUCAUAAACAUUAAUUCCCACUGUUCAUGAACAUUAAGGGCGUGAGGGAGGAGAUUGGAUGGCGACUCAAACCUGACCUUAGUCUUUGGCCAGCUUAUUCUCAUUCUGACCUUUUUGGCCUCGCAAUCCAGGAUUUCUUGUACUCUGGUGAGAUCGUGUCUGGCUGGAGAGAGAAGAGCUGCGUGAUUGAGAAAAACAAAUCAAUUCAGUAAAGUUCUAAGUAUUUAUUUGUUUAUUACAAAAGACAGUUAAUACUGGAGUGUAAAAAUAAAAGAAAUACACCCUGAUAAAUAGGUGACAAGCAAGAAAUCAAUACAUGUACUCAGUUUGUCCAAAUUUGUCACCUUUCCCAAGUGCACAAAUCCUAUGCACAAAUCCCACAUUGGUGUUAUGGUGUUAGGUGGUCAUGUACGCUUUUAGAAAAUAUUUGAAAAGGUGGCUAGAAAUUAUGUUCUUUAAUACCCCACCAACAAAGCUGUUGGCAAUGUGUUGCUACCUUCAAAUGUUAAUAUUUUAAUAUUUUGGAUUCUCAGUGCAAAGAUCGGGGGAUCAAUCCCAACAAUUGCAUAGUUACAUGUAUAAUUUCACUGUUUGAGAAGGGAAAUUUACGUGUAUAGAGGCUUACUUUGAGGUCCUGAGUUUGAUUCAAAGUAGGUGUUCUGGGCAAAGGAAAUUCAUUACAUGUACAAGUGUGCAUGGCUGGCAUAAUUGGAUGCAUACAGACAUUGUCAUUCUUUGUGGGACCAAGACACAAAUAUUACGAAUAUGUCUGUCAAACAACAACAAAUCAUGAAACUUCUAAAUUCACUGCCUUGGCUUACUAUUAACUGGAUCUAUUUGAAAAACCAAAUACAAAUAGGAUGAUGAAAUAUGACCAGGCUCUUUCCUGUUUGGAGGGUUCAAAGUCAAAUAUUGAAAUGGAGGUCAAUUUUGGAAGUUUGUGAUAUUUUGAAAGAGUAACCUGUCUAUUUAAUUCCAGUUUUGUUAGCAGGAUCAGAUAUUUAAAAUUUUCUCAUCAAUUUCAAUGAUAGCAUUAUUCAUGCCCGGUCAGAAAUGUUGAAACAAUGUCAGAAAUAAAGAUGCAAUAUCUCAGUUUUUGAAAAGUCAGCUCUUUUUGUGGUGACCGGUCACAAACAGCUGUUUUGACAAUGCACAUGAUUUUGGCCAAAGAUUGUACAUGUAAUUUUGGUUCAUUGUUCAUUUCAAAUCAAACCAGAAGUUCCGAUUUUGAAAUUGCGACUGUUGGACUGUUGAAUAGGACAUUUGUGCGCAAACAGUAGGUGGAGAAAUAUCUUGUUGAAAGGAUUUUGAAAAAUACUGGAAUUUACAAUGAGACGUAUGACUUCAAUGUCUCCUCCCC